UUCCUGCAGCCACAGAACAAGACCAGCCAUGAGCCACUCUUCGAUGCAUGCCUCAACGUCCUACAGGCGUACCUUUGGGAGCCCACACCCCAUCUCCAUGUCCUCUUACUCCCCUGUGAACUCCCGUAUGCCCGCUUCGGGUGGGCGCUAUAUGCGUUCAAUGUCACCUGGGGUUGCAUCCCGCCCCAACAACUACCACCAACAGCGCACUCGCACCGUCUCCCAGCCCCCUCGCAUCUCCUACGACAAGGUGGACUUCACCUUGUCUGAGGCCAUCAACGCGGAGUUCCUGACGACCCGCAGCAACGAGAAGGCCGAGCUGCAGGAGCUCAACGACCGCUUUGCCAGCUUCAUCGAUAAGGUGCGUUACCUGGAGCAGCAGAAUGGCUCACUGCAGCAGGAGCUUAACGUGUUCAAGGGCCAGCAGCAGCAAGGUCAGCCCAACCGAGCCUCCGAGCUCUUCCAGGAAGAGGUGAGGGACCUGCGCCGCCAACUGGACGCCACCGGCAAAGAGAGGGACCAGUACCUGAUGGAGAGGGACAACCUGGCUGAGGACCUGGUCCAGCUCAGGCAGAGGAUGGAUGAAGAAGUCCAGAAGAGGGCAGAUGCUGAGGGUAACCUGGUUGCCUUCCGCAAGGAUGUGGACGAUGCCACAUUGUCCCGUCUGGAGCUGGAGAGGAAGAUUGAGUCUCUGAUGGAUGAGAUCGAAUUCCUUAAGAAGCUCCAUGAUGAGGAAAUCCAGGACGUUCAAGUGAGUGUCCAGACCCAGCAUCUGAAGAUGGAGGUGGAAAGCACUGCCAGGCCUGACCUUACUGGUGCUCUGAGGGACAUCAGGGCCCAAUAUGAGACCAUUGCCUCCAAGAACAUGCAGGAAUCUGAGGACUGGUACAAGUCCAAGUUCAAUGAUCUGACUGAGUCUGCAAAGCGCAACACUGAUUCUCUGAGGCAGGCCAAGCAGGAGGCCAAUGAAUCCAGGAGGCAGAUUCAGUCACUCAACUGUGAAGUUGAUGCAGUGAAGAACACUAAUGAAUCUCUGCUGAGGCAGAUGCGUGAAAUGGAGGAUCAGUUUGGCAAUGAGAUCGGCAACUACCAGGACAACGUCGGCAGACUGGAGGAUGAGAUCCACCACCUGAAGGAUGAAAUGGCUCGCCACCUCCGGGAGUACCAGGACCUCCUCAAUGUCAAAAUGGCUCUGGACAUUGAGAUCGCUACUUACCGUAAACUGUUGGAGGGGGAGGAGAGCAGGAUUACUGUUCCCAGCUUCAAUAUGAACAUGAGCAGUCACCGUAGUGAGCGAGACUAUGAUCAAACUCAAGACACCCCAAGCAAGAAGAGUGUGGUGAUCAAGACAGUUGAGACUAGAGACGGAGAGGUGGUGAAGGAGUCCAGGAGGGAGCAGCCAAGAGACUCAGACCGCAACGACAAGGACGAUGACGACGAGGAGUAGAAAAUCACAAAUAAGAAAAUGUGAAAGGCCAGAGCCAUGAGAGAAAAAAUACAGUAAAAUGAGAGAUCCCCCCCCCUUCCCCCUUAAAAACCAACCAUGGUCUAUAGUCCUCAUUCCCAUUAGUUAUGUGUGAAAUAAUCUAGCAGAGAGUCUCUCAGUGCAAUGUUGAAUGAAUCCCUUUAGACGGUGUCACUUUGGUGCUAUUUAAGCCACCCAACUUUUGCUAAAGACUUCAGUCAUCUGUCAGGCUAAGCAAAGCCAUUUUAGUAACAUACCACUUGAGGCCUUGAUUUACAGUGCAAUCAUUUGUAGCAGAGUAUUAAACUACAAGCUGAAAAAGAAAGUAUGAAGGAUUUUGGUUUGUGUCAGAGAUGUGAUUAACAUUUAAACUUCACACACUGCCCUUAGGUCAACACACCUUAAAAAUUUAGAAUCAAUGAACCUAAUAGCAUUUGUUUUAGUAGCUUUGCUAUCCUCUUAUAGUGUGAACAAACAAAUCUGGAUUAGUAAUACACAUGUUAAACACAGGAAAAGUUGACGCUGAAGAAGAACUAAAAAUACUUUUGCUGAAUGUGCUUUGCAAUGCUGUGAAUUAAUAAGUAACUGAAAAUAAAAUGAAUUGGAACAAA